AUGGAAGACAAACCCCUCGCCGCAGCCAGCACAGAUCCCCGCGACCUCGCGGCCCAAGAAUCCUCCGCCUCAGUGAUCUUCCCAACCUUCACCUCCACAACCGCCUGGUCCCUCGGCCUCGCCCUGCGCUCCCGAAUCCUCUCCCUCCCGCCCACGCAACGCAAACCGGCCCUAAUCUCAAUCGCCCUAACGGGCGGCUCGGAACCGCACGUCGUCUUCCAGAGCGCCACCGAGCCCGGCACGAUCCCGGACAACGAGGUGUGGGUGCGUCGGAAGCGCAACACGGUGCUGCGAUGGGGCGUGUCGAGCUGGUUGAUGCGUGUGAAGAUGUUGGCGAGCACGGGGCUGAGUGGCGGGGAGGUGGAGGCGGCGUUUGUGAAGAAGCAUGCGCUGACGAGUACGGGUGGGGGAGGCGCGGCGGAUGACUUUGCGAUUCAUGGGGGUGGGUUUCCCGUGCGGGUUAAGGGGGUGGAUGGCGUUGUGGGCGUGGUGGUUGUUAGUGGGUUGAAGCAGGAGGAUGAUCAUCAGCUUGUGGUGGAGGUGGUGCAGGAGUUUAUUGCGCAGGGGGGUGUUUAG